CCCAGCAAUUCCCAUGAAGAUGACUUCUUUUGCAAAAAAAGAAACUAUAUUGCUUCUGCUUCUGAUUCUUAUUUUACAUCAUGUUUUUCAAGCAGCAGAUUCAGCUUCAUUUGAACUACACCCUGCAGAGACUUUAUUUUCCGGUAAAGAAAGAAUGCUAAGAAGGGUAGCACGCCGGCCACCGCCACCUAAGCCAAAUGAGAAUCCACAUCCUAAGCCAAAACCACCAUCUCGUCAUCCGCCGCCGCCGCCGCCACCACCACCACCACGAUCUACGACCACACGAGUGUAUAAGCGACCUUCGAAGGGCAAGUAUGCUCCUCCGCCGAGAAUAUGAUAUAAUUUUUCCUCAUUUGGAUUACAUUUCUUUAAUGAAGAAACUAAACGCUAUUAUCAAUGGACUUUAUCUUUGUACGAACACAAGUUUAAUAAGAUAUUAUAUUUUCUUCAA